AUGAGGGCUCAGAAGUUUAUACUAAUCAAUGAAGAGUUGUAUAAGAGAUCCUUCACUCAACCACUCUUGAAGUGUGUGAGACCACGUGAAGCUGACUAUAUUUUGAGAGAGAUUUAUGAGGGAAUAUGUGGGAGUCACAUAGGAGCCUGGACUCUUUAUCAGAAGGCCCUUCGACAUGGGUAUUACUGGUCGACUAUGGUGUUUGAUGCUGAGCAGCUGGUCAAGAAAUGCGAAAGAUGCCAAUGGGUCUCCAACUUAAUCCAUGUUCCUAAUGCCCCUUCGUCCAAUGGGGGAUUGAUAUUCUGGUUUACGGAUCGGACAGUCAAAGAAUGGUGUCAGGAGUUGGGGAUCAAGCAACACUUCACCUCUGUAACUCGUCCACAGGCUAACGGACAUAUUGAGCUCGCCAAUAGAACUAUGCUCAAUGGAUUGAAAGCCCGGGUCGAUAAGGCAAAUGGAAUCUGGGUGGACGAGUUACCAAGCAUCCUUUGGUUCUAUCGGACCACAAGGAGGGGGUCCACCGGGGAGACUCCAUUCAGCUUAUGUUACGGCUCAGAAGCCCUUAUUCCGGUAGAGAUUGAGAUCCCAACUUUUAGAGUGGAGCAUUUUGACCCAGAAUCUAAUGAGCAAGGCUUAAGGAAAACUUGGAUAUAG